CUUUUAUUUGGCUUUUAUUUCCGCUUUUUGUUCGCAUACUAGAAAUGCUAUUAAAGUGACAGCUGUUCUCUUUAAAUAUACACCGUCUAAAGUUUGUUUAUUAUCCAUUUCGCUUUGCAGUGUACUUCCGGCCAAAACAGCUGGACACAAAAGCCAUUUAUGAGUGUGUGAAGUGAAGAACCCAAAAACCACCAAAUGGAUUUUGUCUAAACUCUCUGCAGAAAAACUAGACCAGAGGAAAACCAUCAGAAGCAGAGCCAUUAACCAGCGGAAAUUGGAAUGUAUAAACAAUCAGCAAAAUGUGCAAACUCGUGGAGUGCCAAUCAAAAGCCAACUUGAGUGAAAGUGAAAAAUCGUGGUGCGGGGAAUAUAUUAAUUAUCCGGCUGUUUAUUAGUAAAGUUUUCCCAAAGCGGCAGACAAUUUAUUUAUGGGCCAACUUGCCAAUGCAAAGAAAACCAAGUUGCUGCCAGUCGGGCAUUAAUAAUUUGCAUAUACCAUUUCCCCCAACCUUUCCCCAGCCACCAGACCAACACAAAGUAGACAGUGCGGCGUGUGAAGUUGAAGUGUUUAUUAAAUAGUCUUGCUACAAAUGCGAGACAUUUGCCCGAGCACCAAAGUCCUCGCAUUUUCCCCCAUAGAAAUGUUAGAGCUGCAACUGCGAGAAGAUUUGUCCGCCACUGACUUGGGAGGAAUCUGCGAAAUGCGACCCCAAAGAGCCACGGAUCCGGGCCAUCGUCAGAGCCGGAGAAAAUGCGACUCCAACCGCUGGACUCUCUCUGCGAAUUUCUGCCUGCUGCUGCUAGCUGUACUAUUUCUGAGCAUGGAGCUCGUCGAAUGCGCGCUUCGCAAUGUCAAUUUAAUCAUCGAACCACCGGCGGUGCGACGGGGCCAGCAUGUGGUGCUGAAGUGCAUGUACGACCUGGAGGGGGCCCCACUUUACUCGGCCAAAUUCUAUCGUGGUCAAUUGGAGUUCUAUCGAUACACCCCCGGCGAGUUUCCCAAUACGAAAGUGUUUCCAUUCCCCGGCAUUCAUGUGGAUGUAACCAGCUCGAAUGCCACCCAGGUACUCAUACGCAAUGUUGGAUUCGGUCUCUCUGGAAACUUUUCAUGUGAAGUCACCGCCGAUGCCCCGCUUUUUUCGACCGCCACCGCAGUGGACACCAUGCAAGUUGUUGAACUUCCCGAUAAACGUCCGUUACUAGCCACAGAGCAUACGCGAUAUGAGCCUGGUGAUGUCCUGCGAGCCAAUUGCAGCACACAUCCCUCACGUCCACGGGCCGAGCUGACUUUCACAAUCAACAACAUGGUGAUAAGCGAUGUGGAGACCCAGUACAUACGCACUAUCGAUAACCUGAUUGUUUCGCGCGUUUCGCUAAAGAUGCAAUUGCAGGCAGUGCACUUCUCGAGCGUGAAUCCGCACAGUUACAACAGAAUGUACGGCCAGAACUCGGUUUACGAGCACGGGGGCCCGGGCUACCCUUCGAACCAAAAUCCCGGCGGAUUGCUGUUGCGCUGCUCUGCGCAAAUUGGCGACCUCUACCAGGAGUAUAAGGAAAUCGAGCUCGGCACACCGCAGAAGGAUCCCAUACCGGCACGUGUUACGCUUUCCUCCGACUCGAGCCUGAAGAACUUUUUCAGCACAUAUUUCGCGAGAUCCGCAGCGGCGAAUUGGCGAAUCCUGCCCGGCGUCCUUGCGGCGCCCGUUGUAAUGGCCACACUGGCGGCUCUGCUGGGGCUAAUUGAGGUUGCAUUUGAAACCAGUUACGCAACUGAAACGGCUGCCCCUCCGAUGUCACAUUCCAAGGAGCAAAUGGAGCGAAAGGAACGAGCGGAGGAGAAGCAUCAAUGCACUCUAGCACUCCUGUCCAGCUGUGGCGCCUUUAAGGUGGACGGACAGCAACUGGCCUGGCCAGAAUCGCGGAUACAGGAGCUGGCCUAAGCGCGUGUUACCAGUUAGUUAAAUCCAUAAGUAAUUCAAACCCCAUUUCGUUAGUUUCAAGGAUCUUCAUUUAAUGACUGCUUUUCUUGUUGAUUUUCGUUUUAACCAGAAAAACUGCAUUUUGAGAUGUGGUAUCUACUAGCGAGCUAAAAUAAAAACAACCAAAACCAAAAAAAAAGCCAAAACACACACAAACCAAAACAAAAAACAAAUUAAGGUUAAGAGAACAUUUAUAAACUAGCCUAGUCGUAAAACAGUCCCAAAAGCUGGAUGGCCGAUGGAAAGAAGAGUUUAAAACUUAUAAAAGCAGGACGUACACAAUUCAAAUAUAAAUGUUUACACAAACAAAUAAAUGUCAAAGGAAGCUAAGCAGGCAAAACCAAAUAAAAUGAAAAUACAUAUGUUAAGUACAUCAAAAUACCGAUUCAACUUUAAAUGUGCAAAUUAUGAGAACAUUUAAGAACUAAAUAAACCAAUGACAGAAAUCAAAGGUAUGUGUUUGGGCAUGGAACGUGAGGAGAAUGUGUGUAAAAAUAUAUUUAAAGUAAAAUAUUAAAUUAAUUUAAUUUAAAUUAAAUAAAUAAAAGCCUUGUAUGGGCAUAUUGUAAAUGGUGGUGAAAUUAAAU